AUGUCUGGUAGCGAGAGCCAUGAGUACGCCACCACGAGGCUGCGGCUCCUGGCAGAGGGGGUGCCGAUCGUGGCCACCCAAUUGAAUCGCGAGUACGCCGUUGUCGAGGCCGCGGAUAUGUUGUCCAUGGGAAUCGUCCUUCCGUCCGAGUAUGGUCCACGAACUCAGCGACGGACGGGCAGGGACUGUGUCUGCUUGAGGCCGACGGGUGAAGUGCAGAGAGUGUUUCCACUUGGCGUAGUUCUGAGCAUGUAUCGCGAGGCAUGUGGCACACCCACGCGUAGAGUCCGCGAGGCGCGUUCGACCUCACUCCACCUCGUCUCGACAAGAGGAGCGGUAUUCGGUGAAGAAAAGUCGUCAUGGGAAUCCCUGGACAUCCUUGGCGACGGCGAGGUCAACUCCAUCGCUGAGCUCUCCACCGAGCACUUCAAACGUACCGGAAGACCUCUGCGAGUAGCCAUUGAUGAAGCGGGAUGGCGCUUCCACAACUUGACCGAUGCGCAGGUAGCUGCAAUCCGGGCAAAGGAGCCUCGGGCCAAUCCAAUCGAGAAGGCCAUCCUAUGGUGGGUGCUCGGUCUGAUGCGGAUGAACAUCCAGCCACUCUUCGUUUUCGACGGCCCUUCAAGACCCUGGAAGCGCGGCGGCGUUGCUGGUCGCAUUGACUGGAAGAAGAUCGACCCCCUCCGCAAGACGCUGGAUGUGCUCAAGGUCGUCCAUCAUCGAGCUCCUGCAGAGGCCGAGGCUGAAUGCGCUCUAUUGAAUCGACUUGGUAUCGUGGAUGCUGUCUGGUCUGACGACGGCGACACCUUGAUGUUCGGUGCCACUGCACUCAUCAAAGAACAUCGCGAACCUGGCAAGGGUAACAAGAAGAGCGAUUCUCUGGUCCAGGUCUACCGCUCGGAGAUAAUUGCAAGGGACUUCAACAAUGAUCGGCAAGGUCUCAUUCUGUUCGCCCUUCUAAGCGGGGGUGACUACGACACCAAAGGACUCGAGGGCUGUGAACCGAGGGCCGCACUUGCAGCUGCGCAGUUCGACAAUGGAAGACUUGGUCGGGUACUGUGCGAAACGCCUCUCCGUGAGCUCGACCACUUUACAGAGUAUCUUCGUACCCUUCGGCUAUCCGCGAGACCUUCAUGUCAAGAAUUACCGAGAGCCCAAGGUGUCGACCGCGAGCAAGCAUACAACCUGCGGGCUCUCAGCAAAGGGUGGUUUCAACAAAUGGACGAAGGGAAGCUCCGGACCUUUCUGCUGGAGCGCUUUAACUUCCAAACCAGGGAGUACAUCAGACACAUCUUGCUAGUCUUUUUGACCAGGACGUUCACGAAUGCUCCACUCGACCGCGUACAGACAAACCUCGUCUUCAACGUCGAGCUUGUGCGCAAGCGCGGACAAGACCCGAACGAAGCAGCUGUGGAACGCAAAAUCACUUUCUCACCGUUGAGAGUAACGGAGCUGAACGUCGAGAAACAGCCCGUCAACGAAGAUUGGAGCGUCUACGUGAAGAAGGAUGGUGUCGCUUUCGACCCUGCUCAACCAGUAGAAGCAGAAAUGCUUGAGUAUGUUCUGGAAGCCGGCUUAGGGGAUACCGAGUUGCAGCGAUUGAAAGGGAUUGCCAGCCAGUCAAAAUGGCGAAAACGUAAAGCACAGGACUGCGAGGAUGAUUCAGUUGCUGACGAUGCUGCUGGGACUGUUUCAGCUGACAGCCUCAGGCCUGGUCCGAAGAAGCUUAGGACGGACGAUGGGCAGGAGAAGAAGCCAGCGGCAAAGAAGAAGCGACAGAGCAAGAAGGAGAAAGAGAAGCAACUUGAGGCAGAAGCAGUAGCAGCAGCCGCCGCCGCCGCCGUGGUGGUUCCCAAAUUUCGACUACCCGCUGCUCGACCUGUGGGCAUCGGCAGGUUCUCCGUACUGCGAACUAACGGAGGUGUACCUGGGGUAUCGUUGGUUCAGCAAGUUUCGCUGACACCCAAAAACUGGGCAUCUCUGUGCAAGCAAAGAGUGGAAGGCUGGUUUGCGAGGAACGACGCCUACAGCAUCGACCAGCUGGAUGGCGAGAUCGAGCGUCUCAACCAGUUACGCAUCUCCUAUCUGACCAUAGCGACGGCAAUGGGCAUGACAGUGGAUGCCCAGAAUAACGUGACCGCUGUUGAUGCGACUAAGGCCACUUACCCGCUGCCGGCAGCGGAUGCCACAGAGCCAACAAAGCCUUCCGCCGCGGACGGCACGCUGCAAACUGCUUAUCAAGGGACGUACACAGCGCAAGCAGUUUUAGCGGGAGCCAUGAAGAAGGCUCAAGCGGCCGGGAAGACGCCGGCGGAUAUCCUAGAGGACGAUGCUGUGAAGACGGCCACUACUACCCUCAACACUAGCCGGGCAAAUCUGGCGGCAGCCGUCGAUACUCAUCGCCAAGCUGCUGCGGACUGGACAAAGUGGGCUUCGUCGACCAUGACAGACGACACGAGCAAGAAAGCCAUCAGCGGCUGGAUGCACCAAACACUGAUGACGCUCCAGAGCAACGUCAGCAAGCUUGAGCAAGCCCGCACCAAGAAAAUGGCAUCGCAGCCUCCGGGGCCAACGGUCAUCGCCAGCGCCACUGCUGGCAAAGGUUCCGGCAACGACGGCGUCCCGGACGGCACGGUAGCAGCAGUUGCCGGUGACGAGAAUCCGAAUCCAGUUUUCGGUGUAGGACCAAACGCCUCUGGUGCAUCGACAACUCCCGGUGCCGCUGGCUCCGAUCCCAACACACUGCCGCAAGGUGGCACGGCCAGUGAUCCAUGGACUUCGAUCAAGUGCUCCUUCUCUGCCAAAGACCAAAGCAGUACGGCGUCUACGAGCUCACGGGGCUUCAGCGUUGGUGGUGGAGCUGGAUGGGGUUUAUGGUCUGUUGGCGGGGCUUACUCGCAUGACCAAUCUUCGAGUGACUUCUCCAGCGAUAUGUCAAGCUGCGACGUCAGCGUCACAUUUUCCGCCCUCGUCGUCAACAUUGGUCGCCCGUGGCUGUACGGUGAGCUCUUUGCUGACAACGAGCUCGAUGUGGCCAACGGCAUCAAUCUGAGCCGGGGACCGGAGAUGCUGAAGAAAUGGAUGAUCGCCCAAAAGGCCGCCGACGCCGACCCCAUGAAUUUUGACGGCGGCGCAAUCGCGAACUUGAGCAACUACAGCAUGUUUCCGGCCUAUCCGACCUCCUCUCUCGUCGCUGCAGAUACCACGGUCGAGGUGUGUCUUCUCCUGCUUUCGCCUUUGCACGUUCUCGUCGUAAGUGCUGACGAACCCGAAAACAGUUCAGCGGCGAUACCCAACACAUCGAGAAACACUUCUCCCAGCAAUCCAACAGCGGCUCCUCUCCGUGGGCUGGGACCCUUCAGCGUGAGCAGCAGCUUUCAUCAGGCCAGCAGCAAACAGAGCUUUCGAAUGCAAUCGACCUCCACAGGAUGCCGUCUCUGCUUCGGAGCGCCGCAGAUAAUCGGUUGGGUCAGUCAGAUCUUGCCGGCGUUGCCGCGAUUCGAUGGGUAUCAGCCUAUGGUACAGAAUUUGGGCACUUGGACUGCUUGA